AUGGCGGCUAACAGAUUUGCCACCACUCUACAGAAAAACACCAACAAAAUCACCCUCAUUCUCGUCUACGCUGUCCUCGAGUGGAUUUUGAUCGUCCUCCUCCUCUUCAAUUCUCUGUUUUCGUAUCUGAUAAUCAGAUUCGCCGACUAUUUCGGCCUUAAACCUCCAUGCCCCUGGUGUGCCAGGAUCGAUCGUAUCUUUACUCAUGAAAGGGGGGAUAAUUCUGUGUGUGCGUUUCACGCCGAGGAGAUUUCCAGAUUGGGUUACUGUGCGAGUCAUCGCAAGCUAGUGGAAUCCGGAAGUAUGUGCGGGAAUUGCUUGUCCGAAGAAUUUCAGGUAUUUUCGAACUAUUUUUCUCGGUUUCAGAAUGAUGAAGGAUUGAUGGUAGGUGAGAGCUUGAGGUGUGCUUGUUGUGGGCUAGGUUUGGAUAAUACUUUAUACUCCUCUUGUAUGCUGCUCAAAACGUUUUCGUCGUGGGAUGUUUACGAAUGUGUUGGGAAAGAAAAUCUGAUUACUAAGGCUCGGGGUAUAUAUGAUUGUGAUUAUUCUGCGAAUUCUGAUGCUGAAUUAUGUGCCGGUGAAAAGAUCUCUCAGUUGGAUCAAAAUGCGGAAGUAACGGGAAUUGGAGGUGAAGAGAACUGUUUUCAAUGGGUACCUGUUGAUGAGAUGAAAGAGUUGGAAGCUGGAGAAGAUGAAAAGGAGAAUGAGGUUUUAGAAAUGGAUGUUGGGGUACAAGUUGAAAAUGACCACGGAAAACCAAAUUCUGUCAUGGAAGAUAAAUCUGUCCAAGCUUACAUUAAAGAAGAUUCAUCUCAAGAUAUUUCCACUCAUCAUCUAGAAUUCUUUCUGGAUUACACUGGUUGUAAAUUGGUUCCUGUUGAAUUAAUCGAUUCGGUAACGGAGGACAGUGAAAUGAUUCGUAAUGUUCAAACUGAAGCUCGUGAACUUGUUAAGGAUGGAUAUGACUCCAAGGAUUGUGAAGUUGAGGUUGGAGAAAAUGCCGACGACUUGAAUUUAGUUCUUGAUGUAGAUUUAAACUUGGAAACUGAAUGCACGAUGCUUGAAUCCAUGGAGAUGGAAGAGGAAAUGAAUUCUUUUGUUUUUCAUGCGAAAGACUCUAGAUUGAUGAUGUGCGAGUUCCAAAAAUCCAAUAAUUUUCCACCAGACAAUUUUGUUUCAGAAGAUGUCAAAGAAGUUCAAGAAAUGGAUGGUUCAGCAGGAGAAAUGCAUUAUGAUAUCUAUCCAGUGCGAAAAACCGAGGAGUCUUGUGAACAAACAACAAAGGAAGCUGUUGCUAUCGAACAAUUGAAAUCAGCAAUCAGAGACGAAAGAGAGACAUUGGAGGCUUUAUAUGUGGAGUUAGCAGAAGAAAGAAGUGCUUCUGAGGUAGCGGCCGAUCAAGCAAUGGCAAUGAUAAACAGGCUGCAGGAAGAGAAGGCGGCAAUCCAGAUGGAAGCCUUUCAAUAUCAGAGGAUGUUGGAGGAACAAUCUGAGUAUGACCAAGAAGCUUUGGAGCUGUUGAACAAUCUUAUUGUGAGGAGAGAGAAAGAAAAGCAGGAAUUGGAGAUCGAGUUGAAAGCGUGUAAACAAAAGGUUUUGGAUUAUGAAACAAAAGAGAAGAUGAGGGUAUUGAGAAAAUGCAAUGGAAGUACUAUAAAUGGAGUUUCCUCUGGUUUUUGUAGUAAUGCCGAGGACUGUGACAGGUGCGUGAGUUCUGAACUACAUUUAGAUAAUUUUGAAAAUGAGAGAUUGUCCAUUAUCGAGCAGCUUCAGGUUUUAGAAGAAAAGCUCUUGACACUAGAUGAUAAUAGCGAAAAACAGUUUAUUGGCGACGAGAAUGCGUAUUUCAAUAGGCAUCACAAAAAUAUAAGAACCGGAGGUUGGAAAGAGAAGUUCCCAACGGUAAAUACGAAGCUUGGGAUUGAAGAAGAAAUUUAUCUUGUUCAUGAAAGGUUAGAUGGGCUUGAGGCAGAUAGAGAGUUCUUUAAGCAUUGUGUAAACUCACUGAGGAAAGGUGAAAAGGGCAUGGAACUUCUUCAAGAAAUCGUGCAACAUCUGCGUGAUCUCCAGCAUACGGAGCUUUAUGUGAGAAAUUAUAUGAAGAUUUGUGAUCCAUUGUAA